CUGUUGUCUCUCAGUGCAAAGGGGCCCACACUCCUUCACCUUAUCUCUACUUUUCGUUCCCUUUCAAUUUCAUUUUUCAGAAUCCAUUAUGGCUUAUUUGCAAAAGCAAAGCAAAAGUGGUGGUGGAAGCAGGGGAUUUAGUACCUGCUCAGUAGGUGGCGGAAGAACAGGAAGCUCCCGAGUUUCUGGUUUUGGAUCAAGAAGUUUAUAUAAUCUUGGUGGACAAAGGAAAACUUCAAUUGGUGCUACCAGCUAUCACGCUGGGGGAAGCCAUGGUAGUGGUGCAGGAGGAUUUGGUAGUGGUGCAGGAUAUGGUUUUGGUGGAGGAGGAUCUGGUGGUGCAGGAGGAUUUGGUGGUGCAGGAGGAUUCGGUGGGGGAGCAGGAUAUGGUGGUGCAGGAGGAUUAGGUGGGGGAGCAGGAUAUGGUGGUGCAGGAGGAUUCGGUGGGGGAGCAGGAUAUGGUGGGGGAGUAGGAGGAUUUGGUGGCCAUGGAGGUGACCAUGGUUUUCCUGUUUGCCCACCUGGUGGAAUCCAGGAAGUCACAAUCAACAAAAUCCUUUUGCAGCCAAUGAAUGUGGAAAUAGAUCCAGAGAUUCAAAAAGUAAAAACUCAAGAAAGAGAACAGAUUAAAGCCCUCAACAACAAAUUUGCAACUUUCAUUGACAAGGUUAGAUUCUUGGAACAGCAGAACAAAGUACUAGAGACAAAAUGGAAACUCUUGCAAGAACAAGGAUCAAAGGGUGGUACCAAAAGAAACAGCUUAGAGCCAAUUUUUGAAGCUUAUAUUAGCAAUCUGCAGAAACAUCUUUACAGCAUAACAAGCCAGAAAGCCAAUCUAGACAAUGAACUGAAGCGCAUGCAAGAAAUGGUAGAAGAAUUCAAGAAAAAAUAUGAAGAUGAAAUGAAUAGGCGCACUCAGGCAGAAAAUGAGUUUGUGGUGCUUAAGAAGGAUGUCGAUGCAGCAUAUAUGAUCAAGGUGGAUUUGGAAAGCAAGGUAGAUGGCCUGACAGAAGAUCUUCACUUCUUGAGAACUCUAUAUGAUGCUGAGCUCUCACAAACACAAGGAGGAAGUGAGGAUACCUCUGUUAUUCUGUCCAUGGAUAAUAACCGAAACUUCGACUUGAAUAGCAUCAUUGCGGCAAUUAAGGAGCAAUAUGAACAGAUUGCACAGAGAAGCAGAGCUGAAGCAGAAGCAUUAUAUGACAAUAAGUACAAGCAGUUGCAAGCUGCUGCUGGAAAACACGGUGACAGCCUAAAUAGCACAAAGACUGAAAUUUCAGAACUCACCCGUAUGAUCCAGAGGAUGAGGUCUGAGAUCGAGAGCACGAAGAAGCAGAUUGAAUCUCUCAAGGCCGCAGUUGCUAAGGCUGAGCAACGUGGUGAGGCUGCUCUGAAAGAUGCCAAACAGAAGUUGGCUGAACUUGAAGCUGCAUUACAGAAGGCCAAAGAAGACCUGGCCCGUCAACUGCGUGACUUCCAGGAGCUCUUGAGCGCGAAAAUUAAUAUUGAGGUUGAAAUUGCCACUUACAAAAGAAUCCUGGAAGGAGAAGAGGAAAGAAUGUCUGGAGAAGUUGUCAGCAAUGUCACCAUCUCCGUUGUUGGCGGUUCUUCAAGUCACUCUGGUGGAGUAGGAGGAGGAUUUGGUGUUGGUGGAGGAAGUGGAUAUGGCACUGGAGGAGGCAGCUCUGGCGGUGGAAUAUCAUAUGGAGGAGGCAUGUCUGGCAGUGGAGGGUCAUAUGGAGGAGGCAGCUCUGGCGGUCGAAUAUCAUAUGGAGGAGGCAUGUCUGGCAGUGGAGGGUCAUAUGGAGGAGGCAGCUCUGGCGGUGGGAUAUCAUAUGGAGGAACCAGCAGUGGUCAACAUGGUGCCUCUCAAGGAGGCAGCAGUUACAGCCAUUCUGGAGGCAGAAGCUCAGUGGCGGUUUCAAAAACAUCAACAUCCUCAGUGAAGAAAACCUAUUAGCAUGUUCCAAUGCCCUAGCACUAGUCACCACCCUUCAUCUCCAAACUGCACUAUACUUUUGUCAGUCUGCUCAAAUACAUGAAGCUUCACUAGUAUGUUCAGUUGUAUCAUCCUGGCUCAUAUCGUGUUUUCUAAGGGAUACAAUUGACUAUAAUGUAGACAUUCCAUACUUCCUUUAACUAUCUUAGUUAUAUCCAUCAGUCAAAUUGUUGAAUAUAUUAUCAGGAAUUUGGGAAGUUAACACCACUGUAUUUGUCAAAACAAAAGAUCAUGACCACAUCAUUUAGAGGGUGACGUGUCCCUUAUAUUCCCUUUGUAUGAAUGUAAUUGCACUCAUGUGUAUCCCUGUAACAUACCUAGGUGAGUUUGCUUGAAACUUCUGAGCUAGGUAAUGGAUGGUGCCAGUCUUGUAUGUUCCUGCUUUCUUUGUUUCUGAGAGUUACGUAAGUCAGGGAUCCGGGUGUUCGAUGUAUAUAAAUACUGUUUACUGGAUCUUUCAGCUCCAGGCUCGCAUGUCUUGUCUUUUCUUUAUAUCUUCAAUAAACUGCAUGUGAAUCUUA